AUGAUGAUAAGGUACCAGCCGAAGAAAUCGGGAGCAGUUAACAUUAAGGAUUUUCGCCCUAUUAGCUUAGUUAGCGGGACAUACAAGAUUAUUACGAAGAUUCUGGCGAAUAGAUUGAAGGAGGUGCUGGGGAAAGUGGUGACUAAGUUCUUGGUCAACGGCACCCCAAAGGAUUAUUUUCGAAGCAGCAGAGGUUUGAGGCAAGGGGAUCCCUGGUCUCCAUUGCUGUUUGUGAUUGUUAUGGAGGCAUUCAGUAGGAUGCUUGAGAAAGUUGUGGAAGAAGAUAAUGAGCAAUUCAGGAACUUGCGUCGACUACUUCUAUGCUUUGAAGCGGUGUCGGGAUUGAAGAUUAAUUUAGGGAAAUCUGAGGCUAUUCCAGUGGAAGAGGUUGCUAACGUGGAUGAGUUGGCCGAUAUAUUGGGUUGCAGG